GAUAUGAAACUAAAGGAGAAUCCAAAUCUCUGAUUCCCUGCAUCUAAUUCCCCCAAGUCUUCGUCUCCUCGAGAGUUGAAGUCGCCGCCGAAUGUCCUAGGGCAGAAUCCAGUCAGCCACCGGCCCACCACUCUAUUUGAUAAACCCGAACCCGAAAUCUAUGGAACCGGGUCUAGAGUUUGAUUUUGAAAUCCAAGGGUUUAGAUCGGCAAUUUAUUUCACCGGAGGAGAAGGAUUCAGAUCAAUGGAGUCUCAUCUUCUUGAGUAAUAACGGAAAAGAAAUCAGGGCUGACUAGAGUCCACAGCCCACACUACACAUUUUCAAGAAAGAUAUAUCAUGAUAUUCUUGAAUAUACACUACAUGUAGCUAACCCAUGUCUUAUAACUGCGCACCUUGCUCGGGUAAUUUGUUACACCGGAAGCGUAGAAGUUUGUACUAGUUAUUUUCAACGUAGGAGGACAGAACAAGAGGGGACAAGAUUGGAUAGAAAACUCUGUGAUCCAAGCAUCCCGGCAAUCUUUUUUUUCAAGCGAGUUCAGUUAAAUCAUCCAAGUGCUAUAUUCGUUGACUUGGAGUUAAAUUAGAUGUCACCAGUUGGUUUAACAACCCACGUUGAACUCAGCCAGCCAAAACAAGUUGGAUCCAAACACCAAACUCAUUUCAAGAUCUAUCCCUCACCCAAGAUGAGUUCAGCACUGAAGAGGGGACAAGAUUUAAUAUAUAGAUUUGUGAUCCAAGUAUCCCGGCAAAAACUGAGUUAGUUUAGUUGCAAGUGGUAAUUAUUUGAAGGGGAUACUAAUCUAAUGUACUUAAACCUGCUAUUGGGAAAAAGGUUGGACCAAAACACCAAAGCCAUUGCUAGAUCUAUCCAGAAAUCAACAGAAAUGAGUUCAAUACUUAAGCAUUUUAGCCAUCCGGGGCACAAACUCAUCUUGAAGGAGAAUGAUGUUCUUGAAUACACUGCUACUUGCUAUGUCUGUAACAGGACAGUCAUCGGCUGUCCUACGUAUACCUGUACUAGUCGUCAUGCUGCUGCUGCUGCUGAUGAUGAUGAUAUUGGCUGUAAAGAGUUUUACCUGCACCAGACUUGUGCAGAAUUACCCCCACAUCUUUUCCAACACGAUAUGCACAACCAACACCCCAUUACUCUUGACCUAUGCUCUGCUGAAUACUAUUGUCAUGGUUGUCAGCUUCAAGUAAAGUUCGCUUAUGGGUGUUAUCCUUGUGACUUUGCUUUAUGCGUUGCUUGUGCUUUUCCUUGUCCUCCUGAUGAUGAACAGAGAGAGCUUCAUCAUGAAGGUCACCAGGAGCACACACUAGUAUUGCAGAGGCAAGCUUUGUUUAAAUGUGAUGCUUGUUGGGUGAAAGCAGAAGACUUUUCUUAUGUUUGCAAAACGUGUGAUUUUUGGAUCCACAAGAAGUGUGCUCUCUCUCCCCCCAUUAUUACAGAGCCUGUUAAUCACCAUCACCCUCUCCAUCUUAUCUUCUCUAUUCCAGAUGAACAUCGCUAUUUCAUCCGAGGGUGCAACAUCUGCGGUGACUAUGUUCCUGUAUGUUCCUGGAUGUAUUACUGUCACAAAUGCACAUAUUUCGUGCAUAUGAAAUGUGCUACAGCCCCUGCAUUAAAUGAGACUGAAGCCGCUGGCUGUGAUAACGACCCAGAUCUGAUAGAAUUUCCUCUGCAUAGUGUGGAAGCACUAAGUGAUUUCAUGACAACCCGGUUUUCAAUAUUCCAAGUUGACUUUGAAGGUGAGGAUAAAGAUACUACCAUGACAUCAACAAGACCUAAUGACCCACAUAUAAUUGAAAAGCAUUGGAGUCACCCGGAUCAUCCAUUAGAACUGCUUCAGUUUAUUAUUAAUGAGCAUGAUAAUGACGAAGAUUACAACAACACCACAAGAGGAUUGAUAUGUGAUGGGUGCAUUCAACCCAUCACUGUUACCCAUCCAUCGUACUACAGUUGUACCCAGUGUAAUUUCUUUCUCCACUCCGUGUGUGCCACUCAAUUGCCAGGUGAGUUGUUUAUAGGAGAAUCCUCACUUCACCCAGAGCAUUCGCUCACCCUUUCUAGGAAUACAAGAUUCUACGAAACAGUAGUCUGCGGAGUUUGUGGCUGCUCGACAAAUGGAUUCUACUUUAAUUGUGAGGCUUGUGAUAUGAAAAUUGAUAUUUGCUGUACAUUUUUGCCCUCCAGGAUAAAAUAUAAGUCUCACAAGGACCACCCUUUUAUUCUGCGUCAAGUAUCGGAUGACGCUUGCUGUGUUAGUAGGACCAAAAUUACUGGUGGUGUGGAAUAUGGAUGUGAAAUUUGUAGCAACUUCCGGAUCGAGAUAUCUACUGUAUUUUACCCAAAUACGAUGAAACACAAAUAUGAUGAUCAUCCCAUAACCUUGAGAUACCCUCCUUUCUUCUACGAAGGUGCAUUCUACUGUGAGCUAUGUGAAGAACAAGUAAACAAUCAGUGGUGGCUCUAUCAUUGUGAUGAAUCUGAUCAUUCUUUUCACUCUAGUUGCCUCCAUUUGCUGCAUAGGAUGAAGUUAGGAGGGACCAUCAGAAUUUAUAUUAACGAUGAAAUGCACACACUUGCAUUUGUUUUCAAAAUGAAUGUAAGAACAAACUCUCCCUUAUUCAUUUGUGGCAAUUGCGGUGAUGCAUACACUGCUGGUCUCUUCUUCGAAUGUGAUGGCUGUGGAAUUCUUAUCUGCGAUGAAUGUGUCAGGAAGAUAGAUGGGUGAUUAACAAGUGAAUGCAGUUCAGAGAUAUUUCAACACUCUCUUCGGCAAUUGUUUUAUGUCAGCUAUAAACAUUUUACACAAUAAUGUUAUUUCAGCACAUCAGUGUUUCAUUUGUGUUCUUUUAUAUUUCUUAUUGGAUUCGCUACUUAUAUCUAUUUAUAA